AUGGAAGGACUUCGCAAAGCGGCACGUGAGUCCCUCCAACAACAACCCGACUCCCGCGACCUCCCAGCCAUUACUCUCCCAGACAACAUCACACUUCCCGAUUCAUUAGAUUCAUUAUGGCAAGAUUUAUCAUCUCGAAGGCCAAAAGGAGAUGCAGAGACCAGUGAAGACCUCCUUGUCGCCCAAGGGUUUCUGGAUCAAUGGGGCUCGACGAGUCUAUCAGAUCGAGAUGAGGUGGUAUUAAAUUACCUGUAUGUAUGGUCUAGUCGUGCUGCGCUUCCUGGUCCUGCGUUUGGAGAUAUCUCUGAUCCGGAGGGGAUAUCAGAAGAGAAGAAGCGGAUCAUCAAGGCUAGUCGAGUCAAAUCAACUAUUGCUAUUUCCGUUAUCUCAUCUUUGGCAACUCUACUACCCAUUGAGAAGGCUGCCGACAAGCCGGACAUCGUCAUCGCAUUGGCAAGCUUUACGUCUGAUAACGACCCCUGGACGACAAACACAGGUUUCACGAAGGCCAGGGAAGCACUGCAAUCCUUCACUGCAAUAUCUCGUGCAGAAGGGGGCCUCUCCGUCUGGUCUAUCGUUGAGCAAAUCCUGAAAGAAAGAAUAAAGCCCCUCUUUGCUAAGAUGAGGAAUCCUGCGAUCACAGAUGCUGGCCGCAAGAACUUCCAUCCUGUGCCUUUGACUCGUUUUGAUACGAGUAUUCUGGAUCCGGAGUCGAAGCCGUGGAAGGUUCAUGAUCCUUAUGCCACCACCGUUUUCGAGUGGGUUAUUGCUCAGUAUCAUUCAUCGGAUAAGGAGUAUCUAGAAAGACAUUUCCCGCUCCUCAUACCCCCAACACUGUCCCUAAUAGACGACGAGAACCUAGCCUACAAGUCCCGCGGCUGUAACAUCCUCCUACAACUCCUCAAACCAAUCAAAGAAAGUGAAUCCGACAUCCUCCGGCGAACAAACCUCUCCUCCGUGUUCGAAGACGCCAUAAAGCAAUGCUUCUUCUCACUUCCAACAAUCACACCGGAAAACGACUCCAUCAGACUCCUCGAAGUCGCCUAUCCUGCCCUCCUCUCUGUCUUAAAAACAGCCUACCAGCUUCCCACCGUCCCAAUGGACAGGAAAGCAGACGACAGAAACACAUACAUUACCGGUGUUAUUAGAAUCCUCCGCGACCACAUCAUUCCCUCAUUCCACCAUAUCAGCUCAACGAAUACCAUCUCGGCAGCCUCCGCAUCGUUCCCGUACCCGCGCCUUUCCACGCUGUUGGUGAAUCAGCUGCGCAAUGUGCUACCAGAACUAGGUAUCCACACCACAAAAUACCUUCAAGAAAUCAUCCCCGUUCUGUACAGCACACUCUCUAACCCAUUCGGUCCCGCACACGUCCCUCUUCUCCUCGCAUCUGUAGCAGCAAUGCGGGCUGUGAUCUCGAACGCGCACCCGCGACUGUGGAGAUGGCGUGGAGAGAUACUUGCUGGUGUUUGUGCGUGCUGGGUGUAUGCGCUCGAGGAAGAGGGAGAGAUUGCUGAAAGAGCAGAGAAGAGGCGUGGAUUAGAAAGUGAUAAAUCAGCUGGGGAGGCGUUGGGGAUGCUGAAGAAAGAGCUCAAGGGGGUUGUUUAUUUGUUGAAGCUUGUGUUGGAGAAUCCUGUGGAUGCCGGGGGGGAUGAGGGACAGUUGGAUGCGAAGCAGAGGACUGGGAAUGAGGUAAAGGAGUUGGUCGAUGCGGAUGAUGUUCUGAUGGAGCUGCUCCUGGGUGAUAUUGACCCUGAAGAUGGAAGUUUCUUCGGUUGUUGA